AGUCGUUUCCUUAUCGUAGCUAGCCUGAUGCCGGUGACUUGGAGCAAAGUCAAGGUAGAAAAUCAUCAAAUCAACAGAAUAAAACCCGAAAUAAAAAGUAUGUCAGUGACAUUAAACUGACAGCAGCAGCUUUAGUGAAGUUACACACUUCAUUAAGACUGUUUUACAGGUUUAAAGCCACAUUUCACCAGGUUAAACCGACUGAAGUUCAUAGCUAACGUCAGCUAACUAUGUUACCUGAAGCUAACCUGAGCUAACAGGAUUAGCUGUUUAACCCGAGCUAAAGCAGGUUAAAUGUCCGUGAAGCGGAGCACCUGGUCUCGCCCGCCUGGAGAGCUGUAAAGGAUGCUCCAGGGGCCGUACGGCAGCCCGGACCGGGACCGCCCGCUCCUCCGGCUCCCCUUCAGCAGCUUCAUCGUGGGCACGGUGCUGCUGCCGCUCACCGGCCUCAUCGCCUGCCUCUUCAUCUCCCUGCUGUACCACCUGGAGGACGCCACCUACACACACUGUCACGUAUCAAACUACCUCCCGUCCAUCAGCUCUGCCAUCAGCCUCGUGCCGGAGCGUUACAUCUGGCGCUGCUGCAUCGGCCUGCACUCGGCGCCGCGCUACCUGAUGGCCGGCGCCUACUUCAGCUUCUACCGCGCCCGCUUCGCCACCAGGCUGCCGGAGCUGCUGCUGAGCGGGCUGGCUCUCCUCUUCAGCCUCGCCGAGAACACCGGCCUGCUGCUGCUCACGUACGUGUCGUCCACCGAGACCUACAGUGUUCAUAAACACGCUUUCAUGGUGUUCAUCGGGAGCUCGCUGGUGCACAUGCUCGUUACCUGCAGGCUGUGGCAGGUGAUCAGGAGACACUACGUGAACCCAGAGGAGACGACGUCGUAUCGCUGGAAGCUGCGUCUCUUCCUGUUUAACAUCAGCUGUUGUCUGGCCGCCGCCUACUUCUUCAGACGCCACAACACGUUCUGUGAAGCAGGAGUUUACACUCUGUUCGCCCUCUUCGAGUACCUGGUGGUUUUCUCCAACAUGGCCUUCCACCUGACGGCCUUCUGGGACUUCGGCAGCCAAGAGGUAACGGUGGCAACGCCGCCGGAGGACAAGCGGUACUGAGAACUCACCUGUGGACUCACCUGUGGACUCACCUGUGGACUCACCUGUGGACUCACCUGUGGACUCACCUGUGGACUCUUUGUAAAGGUGAUGUCCGCGCUGCAGCCCAGAAUAAACUUCUUAUCAUUCCUGAAAA